UAUUGUGUAGGACUUUUGGUUUUUUCUACUCAUCACAUGAGUCCUUGUGGAUUAUGACAUUCCUUUAUGAAUAAGCAAAAAGUAGAUGUGCAGCAAAAGAGGUCCUGCUCAGUGACAAGCCUGGACUGCCUUAUGUAUCUCACCAUCACUUUAUAACAAAUGGCUGAAACGGUUUAUGUUGCCAAAUAUAAGACUGUUGGGACUAUUGUCUACAUAAACCUACAGAAACUCAGCUGGGUUUUCAAAAUGCAUAUGUGCUCUCCUUUCCUAGGAAAGUGAUAGGGACUGAAUGAAGUCGAUGGAGAAAACUGCCUGUUGCCAUAGAAAUAGUGUCUUCAGCCAACUGCUGGUAACAAAUUAGUUAAGUGUGGUUCCUAGCUGUCUGCCUAUCCUGUGCACUACUUUCUCAACUGAAAAUGCUGGCAGAUAGCAUCUUUCCUAACUGAGCAUGUACAUGAUGUGUUACAGAGAAUCAGCCUGUAACUUCCAAAGACAGUUUGAGUUUGUGCAGCUCACUUAUUGUAUCAAAAGGUAUUUCUCUUGUGUUUUGCCUUCCCUUGCUUCCUUUGUCCAAGACUACGUGACUGCAGUGACAUUGGCCCCACUUCAGUGACAGAAAAUGUGAGCAGGCUUGAAACAGGUGAAAGGUGGUAGUCUUAGAUGCUGCUUAUUGGCAUUGAUGAGUUUUAAUGAAAUGCUUAGCAGGACUGAACCAAGAAAGGAGAGGACAAAAUGUUCCUGUCAUCUGAAGCUCACUUGGACUGGAGCUCCUAUUGGCAAGGAUUUACCAGCUCUUUGAACAGCUGAGCAAAAAGAAAGAAUGAAAGGUACCAUCAAAGAAAACUGGUGCUUGCUGGAUUCCUGCAGGACUUCACUACAGUGAUGGGGAAAGAAUCCAAGGGUAAAGAACUGGUCUGUCUUUGUUGGAAAAAGACUUUUAAUUCUUGUAAUUCCAAAUUUUCUACGUAGCUCACUGAAAAGCGUAAAGAUGCAAUAGAGGCAGCUGGAACUAUAUUGGUUUUAUUCUGGUAAAAUUCUCUAGUCUGGCUGUACCAUAAGCUUUUUACCCUGCUGAUUUUUGAAGAAAGGAACCAUCUUGUUUUUACCUGUUCAUGACAAUUCUCUUGAUGGAAAAUUACUGCAUUUCUGAGGCUUCUGUUAGCUUGAAAGGACUGCCAAUACAGGGAAAACAAAAGUAUUCAAGUAUCUAUGCUGUUUUAAAUACUAAUGGACUAUUUAAUACCAUCUAAAUACUCAUUAUGGUUAUUGUUGUUCUUGUGCUCCUUGUUUCUCAUUAAAUAUGCUGUCACUUGUUGCUGAUCAUAUCAAAGACUGCAGGAGAGGUGAUAAGAGAUCUAGCUGAAACUUUUGCUUACCUAAUAACUGUGGCAGCUCCAACAGCAGCAAUUUUGGUGAGAGUGCUGAGCUGUUUAAACUGGCUCUGGAGAACUGGCAAGCUGGCUUUGCUCCAAAUGGUUUCAAUAGGAACUCUUAUUGAGGAGGAAAUUAGGGUAAUCGUGCCAGUCAAAAAGGCAUUUGAAACACUUGUGCUUUGUCUGCUGCAGGGUUGUCCAUGUUCCAGAUGUCACUCCUGUACCUUUCAUGCAGACAUGGGAUGGGCUUUGGCAGCCUCCAAUGGAGUUUGCCAGAAGUGCAGUUUUCUUGCGGAGCUGGCAGGAGAAAAUGUUGUUUAAUAGUCUGCAAAAGAGCUCUUGGAGGGGAAGGAAGGGAAGGAAAAGGGGUUCAUUUCCCAGCUUUGUUCGAGUACUUUCUACCUUCCUUAUUUAAACUUACUGGAAGAGAAGGAACAAACAGCCAGAGAUGGGGACAAAAUUCGAUGGUCCAGCUGUCCAGUGCUUGCUGUUAUCACAUGCUGGGAAAAGGAUCACGUGAAGAGGCGGGGAAUCAGCCCUGCAGAGCCUGCGUGGCAUUGUGGUGUUGCUGGUGGGAUCCUGGGAGCUCUGCCCCGAUGGCGUUCGUAACCCAGCAUCAGAUCCAAAAGGAGUCUGGAGGAGAGCAGUCACCCCAUCUCUUCCAGUUCCACGAGGAUGGCUUCCUUGUCCUAGAGCAUUUUUUCACUGCAGAGGAGUGUGACAGCAUGAGGAAUCAGAUUCAAAGGAUCGUAGCAGAGAUGGAAGUGCCACUGCACUGCCGCACUGAGUUCUCCACCAAAGAAGAGGAGCAGCUCCAGGUGCAGGGUAGCUCGGAUUAUUUCCUAACCAGUGGAGACAAGAUUAGAUUCUUCUUUGAGAAAGGUGCUUUGGAUGAGAGAGGUAACUUUCUAAUUCCAAAGGAGAAAUCUGUCAGCAAGAUUGGCCACGCUUUACAUGCUUAUGAUCCUGUCUUCAAGCAAAUCACCCACUCCUCCAAGGUGCAGGAAUUGGGAAGAAAACUAGGCCUUGAGAGACCAGUAGUUGUGCAAAGCAUGUAUAUCUUCAAGCAGCCUGGCAUUGGUGGUGAAGUGACCCCGCACCAGGAUGCCACCUUCCUGCACACAGAGCCUCUGGGCAGAAUCCUGGGGUUCUGGAUUGCCCUGGAGGAUGUCACGCGGGAGAACGGCUGCUUGUGGUUCAUUCCUGGCUCUCACACCAAUGGAAUUAGCCGGAGAAUGGUCCGUGCAGCUUCAGGUACCUCAACACGUGUUGUAGAGUUUGUAGGGUCAGAGCCAGCCUACGAUGACAGCCAGUUCAAACCUCUGCCUAUAAGUAAAGGUGGACUCAUUCUCAUCCAUGGUGAAGUCGUCCAUAAGAGUGAACUGAACAGCUCAGAGUCUUCUCGCCAUGCAUUCACCUUCCAUGUGAUGGAAGCCAAAGACACCAGCUGGAGCAAAGAGAACUGGCUCCAGCCAACUCCCGAACUGCCUUUUCCAUCACUCUACACUUGAAGUUAGUGAUUCGCUUCUGGAGUUAAUAGCUGAUCAAUAUUCCUUUCUGGUUGUUUGUUCGUGUUCCUUUUCAAUACAACUUUCACUAGAUCAGCUCUCAAGAUUAAUUUGUCCUCUUCUCAGAACAAGGACUCUUGACACAGCUGAACACACCUGCAUUAGACAGAAGCUUCUACUUCAGCAUGAGCCCUAUGACUAUGAGAAUAGUCGCCCAGUCCUUUUGGUAAGGAAACUUCUUCAGUCUUGAGAAUAGACCAUUGAAGAUCAUUGCACCUUGAUUGGGACUAGUUAAGAAGUAUUGCUUCUUGCAGAUACUCAGUAUUUUCUUCUGUUUAAGUCAAGAGCUUGUCUAGUGCAUUUCUUGGUUGUGGUGAUCCCAGCAAUGCAGGUGAAUGUGUUGUGUGAAGAUGGCUGACUUUUACCCUUAGGUCUCUGUCCUACUGUUUGAAUAAUAGUGAUUAAACAUAAUCCUAUUGUGGGCAAAAUGAAGCAGGAAGUCUACUUUUAUAAUCAAUCUUCUAAGUAUUUCUAGCAAACUGCAGCUGAGUGUUUGAUCUCUAGGUGUGUUGAUUAAAAAUAUUACAGUUCUUAAAGAAUCAUGUUGAAAUUAUGAAAACAAAAAACCCCAAUCAAACUCCUAACAUUUAAAUAAAAAAAAUCAGAAAUUCUC